GACGCGCGCGAGACGGGCGCUCGCGCUGGAAGCGGAGGAGGCGUUAGGGCGGCGGCGGUGGAGGCGGCCCGAGUGCCGGCGCGAUGGAGAAGCGGGGUCGGGGCGCGAAGGCGCCCGCAGUGCAGGCCCCUCAGCAGCCGUCGGUGAUGCCUCGCAAAGAGAGGAGGCCUAGCAUGUUCGAGAAGGAGGCAUAUGCACAAAUUUUAAGAGAUAGACUGAGAGAAUCGAUUCAUGAUGUUCAGUACGUAGAGCCUCCAUUUGAUGACUCAAUUGCUGAGCUAGGUAAAGAAUGGAAGAGUGCCCUGGCAAAACUAAAGUUUGCUAAUUCAUAUAGAAUGGAGCCCUUGAAAAAAUUCCAGGCUCAUUCAGUAGAAACGAAAGUCCAGCAGAUACUGACGGAAACUCUUCAAGAUUUCAAAUAUGACGACAAAGUCUUUUCUCAUUUGUCACUUGAGUUAGCAGACCGCAUACUGUCAUCAGUCAAAGAAUUUGGGUACCACCGUUAUAAGUUCAUUAUAAAAGUAUUAUUUAUUCAAAAGACGGGUCAGGCAAUCAAUAUUGCCAGCAGAUGGAUCUGGGAUGUGGCGUGGGACAGCUGGGUUUCCGCGAAGCAUGAGGCUGAAACUUACGUGGCGUUGGUCUUAGUAUUCGCUCUCUACUGUGAAUAGCUUGUUCCAUGGACCAAAGAGUGUUUACUUCUAAACUUUUCUAAAAUACAUGGGAAUUUGUAGGCUUGUGAGCUUCAUGGUACUUUUGAUUAUAUUCUUAUAUCUCCAAUUGAAGCUUCUUAAUUGUAUUCUUUUAACAACAAACAAGUAAAAGCUGGAUUUUUACCUUUAUACUUACUAGUUAUCAUAUUUAUUAACAUUGUAUUACCCCAAAGUGG